AUUCUGGGUGCAGCGUACUGUACGUUUGUUUCUCUGAGCCGAGGAGACUUCACCGUACAAAGCAGCUGAUUCAGCCUCAUCCACUCCUACUUAUUCUGUAUCAUCAUGAUCAAGCAAUUUAUUCUACCUGUUGCUGCAUUUCUCGCAGCGCUGAGCUCAUGGAACUACUAUUCCCAAAAAGAUGAGAAAAUGGACCAUAACGAGACAAAGUCACUGUUUCAGCAGUCACAGAAGGAGAAAGAAUGGGAAAAUGUGGUUGCUACAUUGAUGGAACAGGAGAAUGAGCUGGAGAAGCUCACAGAGAAACCUGAACUACAACAUAAAAAGAAUUCCACAAAGCUGAACUUCAAGGACGAACUGUUCUUUGACUCUGCGCUCACCAUCAUGACAGGAUCAAUGCCCCUCAAAACUGUCUUUGUCGUCCUCCUUAUACACACAUGUGCUCGUUUGGUUGGAUCUGUUUCCUCUGUGUUUCCGAACAUGAGCUUAGCUGCCAUCCUGUUUGACUUGGCUUUCAGUUUGAUUCUGGCUGUUUAUGCCAUGACCAAAUGGAAACGCCAGAAAGCAGAGCUGGAGAAGAAAAACGCACAGCUUGAGAAGGAGUCAGUAGAGAAAGACGAGGACCAGGAGGAUGUGGUCAACACAAUGAUGGAGAUGAAGACUGAACUGGAGAACCAGAGGCAUCGACUCAAAGUGCGCCUGGAGGAGGUGGAGGGGGAGAGGGAAGUUAACAAACAGAAGCUUCAGGAAGUGGAGAAUGAAAUAACAGAGAGGGAACUGAAGUUUGACAAACCACAGGAGUUACUAACAGAAAAAGAAAACUUACUGCGAGCGCAGUGGAAACUGGACGAGACAAAGAAAGAAAACGAGAGACAGCUGCUGAACACCGAGAGACUGCUGGAGCCUUUAGAGAUCCAGCUUACCAGAAUUCAUCAAAAGAAGGAAGCAGACUUUAGGUAGAGUUGUCAGAGGAAGGAAAAGUAGUCAAUAUGUAUGGUGACCCUCCAAGGUUAACGCACUGCAAAGAGAAAAUGCAACCAAAUAAAGAAACGCAUUGCAAGACGCUCAGAAACUGUCUCCAGUGGACACUAAAAAGUGACGCACUUGUUUUUGGCUGAUGAAGUUGACGUUGACUGUCCCUCAGUGGUGCUGCACAAUGAGAUCAAAUGUUUUUAUGUUUUUUGUGUGUGUUUAACAGUAUCUGCUGUCAACACUUGCUCUUACCAUGUUGCUUUUACUAAACCUAACCACAGUAACUUUUAUUGCAAUUAAUUUUACGUGAAUUAUGUAACUGUACAUGAAGGACAUAACGUCAUUUUUGGGGUCACAAUUUGUACGACAUGAUAUAAACCAUUCUAUGAGAAUAUGUUGAAUAUAUACACAUAUAUUACGUGAUUAGUGUUGGGAGGAUAACCUCUAAAACCCUUUCCACUGCAGAUUACUGAAUACAUGCCCUAAAAUGUAAUUUGUGUAACAUUCCACUAGAGUACUCACACUAAGUAACAUAUGCCAUAAGUAUUUUGGGUUUCUUUUGGAGUACUUAAAAAUCAUCUUGCUGAACUCAUUUGUCUGGGUCUUGUAUUUCCAUGCCAAGAGCACAUUCCUGAUAGUGGCUCUGCAUCUCCCCUGCCUCUGUCAUUGAACAGGUGCACUGCACACAUUUAAAAAAAUCCGUUUAUGGGAAAUGAAUGCCUCUCUGUCCACACUAAAUCUGUUAAAUGUGCACUUCUAAAAAGACAAACCACCUACCUAUCAGCUGUGCACUAAACUGGACACAUAACCUCUUAAAAGAUAGGCAAGUACGCUCUAUGAUUGUACUUUUUAAACAGAAAACACAAAUUAUAAUUUGUGAUAUUUA